AUGAAAGCAUGGACACACGAGGUUUAUUCAGGGAAGAAAACCCUUGGUGAUGUAGACAUAGAGGGAAAGAGAGUUUUUUUACGUGUGGACUACAAUGUACCCAUACAGGAUGGUUUAGUGAGUGACAAGGCAAAAAUACAAAAAAGCCUGGGGACAAUUGAGUAUUUACUACGAAAAAAUGUACAAAGCAUAGUGAUUGCCUCUCACUUAGGGCGGCCUGGGCUUGAUGCAGACCCACAUAAUCCAACUGAUACCACAAUGAUGCCUGUGCUGGAGGCACUGAAUGCGUGCCUUGACAGAGCAGAGAUGCCCAUUCAGUUUGAGUUUGAGUACAUGGCAAAUAGAAAAACACAGAAGAAAUGGGUUAUGGUGCAGAAUCUGCGCACUCUGGCAGUUGAAAAGGAUCCAACGGAUUCAGAAAGCAAGGAGCUAUUCGAUGCUUUUAUAGAGAAGAACUGUGACCUCAUGGUAAAUGAUGCAUUUGCUGUCUUGCACAGAGAUGACUACUCAGUGACGCAAAUUAAAUUAGAGAAAAUAGCGGGUCUUCUUCUGGACUCAGAGAUGCAGGGAGUGAGCCUUAUACUUGGAAAGGCCCGUCCCACACAGGAACACUCCCCCAUUACAAGCCUAUCCCGCAGAGAUAAGGAGAAAUUCCUGCGGGUGGGAAAAGACCCGAAGAAUUUCCAAACACAGGAGCAGAAGCCAAUUGACCUUCUAAUUAUUGGAGGGUGCAAACUGCAGGAUAAGAUUAAAAUGGUAAAAAACCUAGCAAAAAUCACCUCAAAUAUCUUCCUGGGUGGGCUUCUAUCAGUGCCUCUGCUGGAGCACAAUCCCUCACCAGAUGUUGAGGAUCUAAUUGGGUGUGUUAUAUUCGAGCAGGUCUCUUUGUUCUAUCCGGUUGACUACGUCUUGGAAAAUCUUUCAGUUGUUUCGUAUAAAGAGGCUGCUGGUUCUGCCUCCAAAAUAAAGGACAUAGGCCCAAUGACUGAGGAUAUGCUUACAAGCCUUAUCUCGCAGAGUGCGUCUCUUUUUUGGAAUGGGACACUUGGGCAGGCAGAAAUAAAAGAAUAUGCACACGGGACAGACACUGCGUUGAAUGCCAUUAUGCAGAGAAAGCAGCAGCUUCAGAAGGCAGAGACAAAGUCAAUGCUUUGUGCUGGUGGGGGAGAUACAUGCGGGUACAUUAAUAUCUCUGGACAUGCAGAUGCAUUUGAUCUUAUACUGACUGGUGGAGGGGCUGCCUUGGCUGCUCUCCAAGGGGAUGUUCUUCCUGGAGUAUUUGCGCUGUCUGAGAGAAACUAG